CCGCGAAAAUCAGCUGUUAAGAAAAUUGUUUAUUCAACAAUCGCGCUGAAAUUUUACCACAAUAAACAAAAGCGUAAAACUGAGAGAGCUAACACAAUGAAAACAACAGGCGGUGGCUCACAAGAAGAGCCGAACAAAUCGUCACUGGGCAAAAUAAGCAAAAAGUCAACAAAAUCGCGUUCAAAGAAUACGAAAUUGGAGACAGGCAGCAAAAAUUUAGUGUCUACAAAUCUUGGUGUGCCAGUGGGCAGUUUGCCAGCCACGCCGACGCAUGUGAACAUGGCAACGACACCGACAACACCGACGACCAGUUUAGCCAACUAUAAUCUCUUUGAUGCAUCCUUUGCAGUGGCGGGACAGGCACACGGAGUUGGUGUGGAGACGGCAAACAAUGCGAAUAGAGUUGGUCAUCAUAAAACCUAUGCCGGCUUUGAUCCGCGCAGCAUCAAGAUCUUCUGGGAGCAACAUGACCAAACGGAUGUGGAACUCUCACAGGAUGUUUGCGCGCGCCUCGCCGAAGAUGCUUCCUACAAGAUCUGGGAGCUGAUUAAUAAUGUAAAGAUAUAUUCACGUCAUUCUGGAGGCGUGGUCACCUAUGAUCUGGUCAAUGAGGUGCUCAGGGAUGCGGAUGUGCCGCCCAUGCUGGGUGCCAUGGACAGCGAUUGGGACUGCAUUGACUACGAUGGCAGCUACUUCUUUCACUCGGACAAGAUCUUUGAGCUGCGCGACGAGUUCCAAAAAGACAUUUCUCUCUCACUGCCAAACGAUGUUGAUUUUAAUUGCUCCUGCCCGAUUGAAGAGAAGAACACAGAGCAGCUGAAGCAAUAUGUGCAGAGUCUUGUAACCGCUGCAAUAUUUGGCGAAUCGAGUGCUCGCAACGUGGCCAUUUCCCAGGCCUUUCAGACGCCAGUGAUGGGCUCCUGUUAUCGUGUGAUUGUCAGCAAAAUGCUGCAGUUGCUCGCUUUUCGGCAGCACGAUCAGCUGAGUCAACGCUGCUGGCGUCUGUUGCGUGCCUGCAAUUAUAAUGGCCAGGCCAAUCACAUAAGCUGCCGGCAGGAGUACUUUCAUCUGGCCGAGGUGCUCAUCAGUCAGCUAAUGGCGCCCUAUGAGACCAUUAAGGUAGCCGAAGGAAGAGCACAGUCGCAGAAUGUGCAGGUCAAAAUGGAGUUGGAGGAGGAGCUUAAGCUGGAGACUGGCUUGGCCGGUGAACAGUACGCAAACAAUGCACAAGAACCAGUUCAACAGCAGCAGGAACAACCAUCGGAACAAGCACAACAACCUCCGCCAGAGAUUCCAUUUACCAGCGACGCCUCCCAGGAGCAGACCAUUUACAAGCUGCAGCUGGACGAUGCCAGCAAUGAUGCCGUCGACCCACAGGUGCAACAGGAACCCCAACAAUUGUCCAGCUACUUUGCCACUCCCGUGGGCAACUCCUUUGUGGAUGAACUGUGCGAAACUAUUGGACAAUUGGCUGCCCAGAGUGGUUACUUGCAUGCCGAGUGUCUCUUUCUGAUCAAGCGACGUCUGGCGAGAUUCUUCGAGGGCAGAGACGUGUGCAGUGAGCGGGGUAAGAACUCU